CGCGUCCGGUUUGGCAGAUCGUGGAUCGGCCGCUCACGCUCCUUGUUCCUGCCGCCCAUCCCCCAUCACAUUUGCCAGCAUGUCGAACGACCCGUCGAGCUCGAAGAUGGACGAGGAUGUCAAUCCACAGGAUAUGACCUCGAAGGACUACUACGCGGACUCGUAUGCCCACUUUGGCAUCCACGAGGAGAUGCUCAAGGACAGCGUCCGCACGGGCUCGUACCGGUCUGCAAUCAUGAACAACGGUCACCUCUUCAAGGGCAAGACCGUGCUCGAUGUUGGCUGCGGGACUGGUAUCCUCUCCAUGUUCGCCGCCAAGGCGGGCGCGUCGCACGUCGUUGGUAUCGACAUGUCGAACAUCAUCGACCAGGCGCAGAAAAUCAUCGAGGCGAACGGGUUCAAAGAUACCAUCACGCUCGUCAAGGGCAAGCUCGAGGAGGCUGAGUUGCCGAUCAAGCAGUUCGACAUCAUCAUCUCGGAGUGGAUGGGCUACUUCCUCCUUUACGAGUCCAUGCUGGACACGGUGCUCGUUGCGCGCGAUCAGUACUUGAAGCCUGGAGGGCUCAUCUUCCCCGACAAUGCUACCAUGUAUAUCGCGGCGAUCGAAGACCAGGACUACAAGGAUGAGAAGAUCAACUUCUGGGACAACGUCUACGGCUUCGACUACUCCUGCAUCAAGGACAUUGCGCUCCGCGAACCCCUCGUUGACACUGUCGACCUGAAGGCCGUCGUCACCGACCCUUGCGUGUUGAAGCACAUUGACCUGCUCACUGUCAAAAAGGAGGACCUCGCGUUCACCGCACCCUUCGAGUUGACUGCGACGAGGACAGACUACGCCCAUGCAUUCCUCGCCUGGUUCGACAUCGUCUUCCAAUGUACACACAAGAAGGUCAACUUCUCCACGGGCCCGCAUGCGCAGUACACGCACUGGAAGCAAACCGUCUUUUACACCCCGCAAACGAUCACGCUCACCGAAGGCGACAAGAUCAAGGGCGAGCUGACUUGCUCACCAAACGCGCGCAACAACCGCGAUCUUGACAUCAAGAUAAAGUACAGCACGACGGGCGAGCCGAAUGAAGUGACCAUGGAAUAUAAGAUGUCAUGACGAAACCACACCCUCCAUCCCUCUGUCCUCCGCCUCCCCCCUCGCCUUACCUGUAUCACUCACGCCCUCUGGCAGGUACUAAUAUCCGAACGCUGCUCUGUUGUAAAACCCACAUCGUCGUGUAAACCCAGAUUGUACCGAGGGUGCGAUGGCGCAGGCUUGUGUGCUUCGCCAUCCAUGUACAUCGCCGGCACCUACAUACGUACAUCGCCGCCACCUGUGUGCCCUCGCCCCCACAUUGUAGCCUUUCUAGGCAUAGAUCAUUUCUCCCGCAUCUACGUACGCAUAUCUCUUGAUCUUAUACUGUAACCCUGUAUUCAGACGUGUCGUCAAAGUGUUGUCAGUGAGGCCGAC